AUGCCGCAAUCCAACAGAUUACUGUGGCCAUCCACCGCGAAGGCUGUGGACACCUCUACCCGCAAACCUUUUGGUCGUGUGAACCAGCAUACCGGUAGUGAUCACAGUAGCCUUCUCGCAGGGACGGUAAUAAAUUCGUGUCCUUUGUCUAUAGAACGUUCCCGUAAGCUCGAUUCUCUUUCGGGAUCUUCCACAUCAGCAUCGGACGAGCUACCGGAUGGAACUGGAUUCUCGUCAGAACUUGUAGGCUCGCGUGAUUAUGCUACUUCACCUUUCCCAUCUCUGCCUCCUCAAGGUCACUCCAAUCACGAAAUCCCUUCUCUAGUCCGUGCCUCUCCUCCAGUCGAGCUUCCGGACAGAAUACAAGUCCCUCCAGAAAUCGCAAACUCGCGUGAUUCAGCUGCAUCCCCUUCCCCAUCUUUUCUCCCUCGAGGCUCCCCCCAUCCUCAAAUAGCUGCUGCAUCAGCUUCCACCCCGGUCUUUGCCUCACCUCCAAAGUCGUUGUGGAAGCACUUUUCUAUAUUUAAUAGGUCUGCAGCGUCUGUAGACUCCAAGCGGUGGAAAUUCCCGCGCAUUGGUAGCAUCAUGCAGCGCAAGCAUCGGAACACAGGACCUGAUGAUCCCCAGCAUUAGUAGGCUUGUCGUUCCUAUCUUCGCGUCUUGUCGCAGCUGUCACCCCUUGUUCUAUCGUAUCGUCUAUCCCCUACCCAGUCCAGUUGAAUUAGCAUAAUCACUGCUGCCGGCCAUGUGAUCACGAUUAGGCGUAAUAUUUCAUACAUGGUACUAUAGGUAGUAUCCCUCUGAUACCAGUGCUUUACUCCG